GGGAAUUACAUCUCUAGCUGCGCGAAAUUGUGGGUAGGAAUCCAGAAUUGAAUUUGUCAAACAAUUUCCGUUACUAUGGAGAUAGACGGCAAACGACAGGCAGACGACAACAAACAUCUUGUCUAAUCCAAGAUGGAGGUAUUGCCUAAAGUGGAGUCUGACAAAGAGGUUGCCAUUGAUGAAGCUGAAGAGUAUCGACAGGACGAGGUUAACGAGGAUCUGCUUAAACUAGAGGAGACCCUCUGCAACAUACAAAUAACCCCAACACCGUGUUCCCUGCCAGAACGGGCUCAGGAGGUUGACCUGUCCCAAUACCCAACCUCUUAUAAAGAAAACUCACCACAGGAAAAGCUGCUGCUUGCCAUCGCCGACAACUUCUGCUGCCAGUAUGCACACCUUUACCCUGACCGAAAACCCCUUCUGCUGAGCCCACUCAAUGAGUGUGGAGUCCAGAAAUUUGUCAGUACAACCUUGAGGCCCACCUUGCUCUCAUACCCGGAGCUGUACAGCUGGGAGGGAUGUGCGAGCUUUGUGUCAGAGUUCUUGUCUUUAGAGCCACUGGAUCCUCCCAUUGACCCGCCAAGACACCUCUACUCUCCAACCUGGUUGAUGCAGACUCAGCGAGGCUCCUGCUUUGAUUUCUCUACUCUGCUGUGUAGCCUGUUGUUGGGUGCAGGCUACAAUGCUUACUGUGUUAGUGGAUACGCUGUGAAGGAAAUGUGUCUCCUCAACCAGUCCCUCCAGGAAUGCCCCCUACUGGUUACACAUGUUAAGGGAAAGGCUACUGAGCAGAAGCGGCAGGUGAAGAAGUACUCAGUGAAACCACCACGGGACCUUCGCAGUGGCUUUGAGCAGCGUCAGGAGGAACGCAGACAGGCUGAUGCACAGGCUAUCCUCCUGAAGAAACAGCAGGAGGCAGAGAGACUUCAAGAGGAGCGAGAGCGCCUACCCCCAGAUCCCCUGUUGGGCCUGCGGGUCCACUGCUGGGUUCUCAUUCUGUCUGGCAACCGGGAGGUUCCAGAGAACUUCUUCAUUAACCCACUCACAGGGAAGAGUUUAUCCACCACCAACAAAUGCUUCCUGGGCAUAGAGAGCAUCUGGAACCAUCAGAACUACUGGGUCAACAUGCAGGACUGCCGGUUCGGCUGUGCGGAGAUGAAUUUCGACCUGGGGGAUGCGGUGAAGUGGGAGUAUCUGCUCUAUGGCACAACUGGCCAAUCUCUGCUUCUCAUCCCUGACAUGAAAAAACAGCAGGAGGCAGAGGAUGAUGAAGAGGAAGAAGUGGAUGAGCCCAAGGUGUUUGAAAUGCCUCCAUCCUGGGUGAAUCAAAUCAACAUCUCACAACAAGACAUGGAGACACGCUGCCCUGGGGGCAUGAAAGUUAUCCAGUAUCGGAAGGCCAAGCUGGAAAAGUUUGCACCCUACCUCCUCCCGGAUGGUCUUGUGACACGCUUGACCUCAUACUCAGACCUCGACUGUACCCAGCCCAGCACUGUGAAGGAGUGGUACCAACACAGGCAUGACCACCUAGAGGAACGGGAACUGAAGAAGACUAGCAAUGUCACUAUUGAGCAUUUCAGACCUGGACGGAGCUACGCUUUAAAAUCCCACAGGUAUAUUACUAUGACUCCGGAGACGGAGCGUCAGAUGGACUUCUACAGCCAUGCCCGAGCAGACGGGCUGGCCAGACGGGUCGAGAUGCCCUUUGAGAUGACAGAGACCUUUGAGGAUCGGCCAGACUUUAUGUACCAUCGUCAUGUCGUUUUUGGCAAACGUAUCAAAGUGUUUGGCCCCAGUAAUACUGAGGCACCUGACCAGGGGCAACGCCCUUUACAGAAGGUGGUGGAACGAUUCAAUCGAGACCGGUCCAAGCCAGCCGGGGAGGAUGUAGCAGAGCGUAUCUUUCUAGUGUCUGAGGACAGGAUCCAAGUGACAUACCACCGGGAGGACGACCGGAUUAUUCCUGCUUGGAGAAACUUCAUAAAGCCCAGAGAUUCAGGCGAUUCCCAGAACCCACACUCCUUCACCCCUCAAAUGGCCUCCACUUUCCAGGUAGAUCCAUUUGAGAAGCCCAGUAAGAAUCUCUUUCUGUAUGAAAUGCUAGUCCAUAUGAUGAAGGAGGAGGAGCGCGUUGCUCUCAGAGUCAAGGAGUCUGAAAAAGAGGUGAGGGCGAUACUGGGUGUUAGGGAACAAGAAGAGAGCAGUAUUGAGCUCCACAUCUCCAUCUACAACACGGCGAGAAAUGAGAGAGCACGCUGCCACCGAGAGGCAUUGGAGCGGACGGCCAAAGAGGAGCGUCUCCGACAGGAGGAGAAGGAGCUGGACUUCUUAGCACCUCUUCUGGCCCAGCUGGGUGACCCAGAGAACCUGACCAGACAGGCUGCUCUACAGCUGAGGAAUGACUGCCUGGCUGACCUGAAGCAGCGGCUCAUUGAUAAGGCCAACCUCAUACAGGCUCGUUUUGAGAGGGAGACCCAGGAGCUUCAGCAGAAACAGCAGUGGUACCAGAAGAACCAGCUCACUAUGACCAAGGAGGAUGAAGAUGAAUACCUUGCCUACUGCUCUGAUGCCAUGUUCAGGAUCCAUAUUCUCAAACUGCGUCUGAGCAGGCAUAAGGACAAAGCCCCCCAGAAAUACCUGGCUCUGGAUGAAAGACUGAGACGAGACCCCAGACUGGCCAAUCACUUGUGGUGAUAAACAUGGCGGCACUAGUUGGAUCACGCUGUGUGCUUUUGGCAGAACACCCCCUAUUGGAGUGAGGAGGUGGUGCCUGCUACCAGCUAUCUUGUAUCAACAACAGAGAGGAAGAAGAAGAGCGAGGCCCGACAGGUGGCGUCUUUUUGUUGUUUCGCCCACAAAGCAAGGACUUUUUUGAAUGGAGUUCAAUGAGUGUCAAAUUUCAGUCUACAACAAAAAUGUAUGGCUUAUUUGCUAUGUGAGAUUUAUUUGAUCGAAUAGAAGUUUCGUAAUGUUUAAGUUGUUACGGGUGUACUGAUAUAAGUAGGACACGUGACAUCCCGGUAACUUUGAGAAAAGAACACUAUAUUUUGAGAUGGCUAUGCAUAUUCAUGACAUGAUGCUAGUAGCAUAGCAUCUCUUUCCAUUGAAUACAGGUGGUUGACGUCAACAACACUUAUCGAAUAUUCAAAACAUAAUUUGAAUAAUGAAAUGUAUCCACCAAUCCAAAGAAAAGAUAGGCGGGAGCUAUUCAGCCACCCGGGACGCUUUAUGGACAACGACUCCCAUUGUUAGGGUUGAGAGACAUGUACCUUGUCAGUAUAGUCAUAAUCUUUGGUCACUGCUACUCUCUCAAGGGUUUAGGUUCCUGGGGGUCUGGUUUGACAUGAAUGACAUGGGUGGAGCAUAUUAACAGAGAAGUUGUCAAAGGAAAGAAAAUAUUGAAUGUGAUGGGUUGCUUGUCAGGAAUGGAGUGGGGGACAGAUAGAAUGGCGUUGAAAAUGAUAUACAUAGCGGUAUUAAGGUCAUCAAUGGAUUAUGGAAGUAUAGCAUAUGUAUCAGCAGCUCAGACAUCUUUAAAAAAGCUAGAUGUUUUCAGGCCCAAGCCCUAAGAAUAUGUUGUGGAGCACUAAGGACCUCCGGUGGCAGCAAUGCAGGUAGAGAUGCCGUUAAAUAUAAAAAGAGAACAGCUAGCCAUGACAUUGGGUAAAUCUACAUGGAAAUAAGGUUACACAUCCUACAAAAAAAAGGUGCUCCUUGAGUGCUGGGAACAUGAACAAAAUCUGAAUACAAGCUUUGGGUGGAUAGUGGAUGGUGAGAGAGAUGGGGUGGUUUUGGAGGGAGUUUAGCCCCUCUGUGGUUCUUUCUGCUAUCCCACCUUGGUUUUUCCCUCAACCAGUGAUAGAUCUAGGUUUGCUUGAGAGGGUAAGAGAUGUUGAAGAAGGAGUAGAUUCAGUUGUAAGUGAACAUUUAAGAGCAAAAUACUAUACAUUCUUGAAUAUAUUCACAGAUUAAUCUAGUGACCCUAAAACAGGGAGGACAGGAACAGCUUUUAGUGUUCCUGAGUUUAAGGUGGCAGUGACAAAAAGAGCAACAAAUAAUUUAUCUGUUUACACAAUGGAGUUGUUGGCCGUAAUGUUGGCUGCAGAGUGGGUGGAGGAGGUGAGGCCAGACAGGGUAGUCAUCUGCUCUGUCUCCUGUGCUACACUGAUUCAAGUGUAAAUUCAAGUGUGUCUCAAAGCAGACAGGAUGUAUUGUUUGAGGUUUUGCAGUGUUUGAAUAGGGUGGAGUAAGUAAGCAUUUCACGGUAAGGUCUUAUACACCUGUUGUAUUUGGAGCAUGUGACAAAUACAAUUUAA